GCUAUGAUUCCACCGAAACCCUAAUAACCGCCUCCGUUCAAACCCUAAUCGUCCAUCGCUUCCGAUCUCCGACUAUGAGGUCCAAAACCCUAAUCUACGUCCUCUUCUUGGUCACCCUUGCCUCUCACGCUGCGCCCCGGACGGGAGAGGCCGCGACCCUCGGCCUGGAUGCGUUCCUUGCCGGCGAGGCCCGCCGCGAUCCCUCCGCCUCCAACGACUCUUUCACCUCCCUACCCGCGGCCCUCAAAAAGACGCUUGCCGCUUCACACCUGUCCGCCGACCACGCGACCCUCGUCUCACAGCUCCUAUCCUUACAGAUCUCCGUCCCCGUCUACGUGAAGCUUGUGGGCGACUUCUCCUCUGCUGCCCCGGGCAUCAUCCGGUCCUUCGCCUCCGCUGCCCUCACCUCCGACCGCUUCCACGUUAUCGGCGCUACCCCGCACCACCUCGCCAUCGGACACGCCCUCCACGUGGACAGCUCUCUCUCGCCUCUCGGAUCGCAGAUAUGGAACGCCAUCCGGUCUCACCUCGAGGCCUCGCCGUCGCCGCUCUAUCGCUCUGCUCUCCUCUCUGUGCCGUACUCCACCGUCGAUCAUAUCGUCCAGCAAGAUUUCCAGAGGGAGAACACGAACUCAGCGCCGGGUUUCUACAUCUACUUGCUGAAUCUUGGAUCUCAAUCCAAGCCCUAUGCCUAUUCUGUCGAUUCCAAGGAUGCGUCGCUGGCCUUCACAAAGUGUCUGGGGACUCUCUGGACUGGGAAAGAUCGGUAUUUGUGGAUCGACCUUGCUGCAGGACCAGUAGAAUAUGGCCCGGCAAUUUCUGGCGAGGGCGUGAUUCCCCGAGGUGAGUUCCAUCCAUUAUCCUCGCUCCACGGCAGACCAAGAUCAGAAAAGGUCCUUCUUUCGGAUCUCACCUCUAUGGUCCUUAGCGCAUACCGAGCCCUUCUUGUUCCUUCUCUGAGGAUUCCAGUCUUGUAUGAGAACUCCCUCCUGAUUCAGUUCAUCCACGUUCAUGGAUCUGAUCCGGAUACCACUGGGCUUGACUGGACUUUCAUCAAACAGACGCUAAAAGAAAGCGAGCUCGCUUACAAGGAACAAUCUUUGGUGUUCAAAUCAUACAAUGUAAAGUUCUCUGAGUGCCCAAUAUGUUCUUAUGCCAUUGCCCGAUCGACAAAUUCAUACACCUCCCGGUUCCUCUUUGAGAACUACACUCUUAUUGUGAGUGAAUAUUUGGACUCGAAGCGCAUGCAUCAGAUACUAUCAGACUCAGUGGAAGAGGUACGGCGAGCUGCAGCAAUUCCUGAAGAGGAGGAAUAUGGCAAGGUGCUUCCAGUAUAUGUGUUCGAUUUGGAAUAUGACAAGCUCCUUUUGCUCGACCGGUACCACCAGGCUAUUGCAUUUAGAAACAUGGUGAUUGCUGUGAGGACCAGGAGCUCGCAGACUGUCAGCGACUACAGCUGCAAUGGCCGGCAUGUGAUUACACAGACCCGUCACCUCGACCGCCCCAUCAUUGGUUCCGUGCUUCAGAGCAUGUGGGGUGUCUCGCCAACCCACCUGUCAUGGAGCCCACAGCACAACAGUACCCUGGUUGAUUACACUUGGAGUGUUGGUCAAACUCCAUUCGGACCCUUCUCUGAAACAUCAUCCCUGUCCUUUAUUCAGAGAGAUGCAGCACGGAGGAAUGUUCUGCUAACUUCAUUGAACUACACCAUUACAAGUGUCAUUGAUGUAUUGCAGUCUAUGGCUGCACAUGGUGGAGACAGGAAGCUUCUCAAAGAAAGAAAGCAUGUUGAGUUUGUUCAGAGGUGGAAUUUGCUCAAGUACAAGCUGGAGAAGGUAGUUUCUGCCAUCUCCCACUUCGAUUUCGAGAAAGCCAUGUACUUCCUGAGGUCAUCAGAUCAUGAUCUGUAUGCUAUACACACCUUAAUAUAUGAGGCAUCACAAAAGUUGGAAGCUUUACUUGUUUGUUUCAAGGAUCCACCAUUCCCAUGGGCAUCGGUUUCCCUGUUUGGUGUGUUUCUUUUUGGUUUCUGUUAUGUCUAUGCAAAGAGGGACAAGAUCUUGAAAAGCAAGAGAAAACAGUUUUGAGAGUGAUUUAUAUGUUGUAAUAAUGUAUGGACAUCUUUGUUUCCUAGUUACUUCUCUGGAUAUUUAUGUCAAGAUAGCAGAUUUGGUAUUAGUCAAAGCACAUACGCCGAGCCAGGUCAUGUUAAGUAUGGCCUCUACUUUCUUGUGGAAAUGUCUGAUCUCUAAGAUUUCAUGGUUACAGAUUAGUAUAUGAAUGUUAGUUUUUAUCUCUAAGUUGUAGUUGAUAACUUUCCAUGAUUUAACAUGUAAAAUUCUCUUUUAUGAGAAAUUUUUUGUUUA